GAACUGGAUCCUACCAUCUACGACUACGACUCUUUUCACUCUGCCGCUACCUCGGCCGCCUCUGUCCGGAAAGCCGCAGCAAAGCAACAAUCCGUGAACCAAGGGCCGAAAUACAUGAACGCCCUUCUCACGGCAGCCGCACAACGCAAGCAGGAUCAGCAAGUCGCUCGCGAAAAGUUCCUGCAAAAGGAACGUGAGAACGAAGGCGAAGAGUUUGCAGACAAGGAGACCUUCGUAACGGGAGCCUACAAAGCACAACAGGAGGAGAACCAACGGUUGCGCGAGGAGGAAGAAAAGAAAGCUGCCGUCGAGGAAGAAAGAAAAAGAAAGAUGGGUGGAGGUAUGCAAGGUUUCUACCGCAACGUCAUGGCCGAUAGCGAUCGAAGGCACCAAGAAGCCCUCGAGGCAGCCGCCGAGAUGGAAAAGCGGAAACUCGCCGGCGACGACAUUGCAGAUGACCCAGACACAAAACAAGAAAAGGACCGUGUGGCAGAAUUGGCUGCAAAGGGCGUCAACAUUACUCUCAACGACGAAGGUCAAGUCGCGGACAAACGCCAGUUGCUUACCGCUGGUCUCAACAUCCUGGCCUCUCCCGCUGCUCCGCCGAAACCUUCUGCCACGGCUCAAAAACAGGACGACUCGGCGCAAUGGAACAAGAAACGCGACAAUGGCGUGAGAGAGCGACAAACGAGAAUGAUGGAGCAGCAAUUGGAGGAAAGCAGGAAGAGGGCUCUAGAAGCGGACAAAGAGGAACAGGAGAGGCUCGAGAAGGCCAGCAAGAGCAAGAAAACGGAUACGGACAUCAGCUCGGCGAGGGAAAGAUUCUUGGCCAGAAAG